GCACCGCAGGCAGCUGUCUGUCACUGACAUUUCGUUUGCUUCGUGUAAAUUUUGUGAUGUACAUUAUCGUACAAGUUACAAUUAUCCGUCUAUUUAUCAAUGAAUAAUGGUGUACAUUAACAGAUAAUGGUUAUUUUUGUUGGCUGUUUUAAUAUAAACUUUUAGUAUUGUGCGAAAGUCUGUAAAUCGCGAUUGUUUUAUAAUGGAGGAUCUCAAUUUGACAGAAACCGAAAUGAGAUAUUUCGGUGAUUUGUUUUUAUGUUGUGACGAGGAGUCUAAUGGUAAAAUACCAAUUUUAAAGGCAACGGAGCUAUUCAGAUCUUCAAACGUAUCGAAUGAUGUCCUCAAACAGAUCAUGGACAUUAGUGUGGCGCCAAACAACUGUUCGGCGUUGAAUCAUAUGAAUAGGAAACAGUUUUAUUCAGCUUUGAAACUAAUAGCAGCCCACCAAACAAAUUUGUCAUUGAAGCCAGAGUUGCUGUCAACUGCCCUUGACCUGCCACUUCCGCGGUUUACGUGGGCCCUUAAUUCUGAAGCUAAUGCCGAUUUAAUACAAUUGUCGAAUUCGCCAAAGGAGCAACACAUACCUAAAAGAGAGAGAGGUUUUGGAAAUACAUUGGGUGCUUAUGAGCCCAUAAGAGUUUCAUCAAAUUUGUCUGACAGUGAUGGGCCUCCAGCCUUGUCACACGAUGCCACUGAAGCAUUGAGUACAGACUCGGAGAUGGAAUCUGAAACAAUGUCACAAAGAUCUGAUUCACGAGGGCGCCGAGGGAAGAAUGGAUCUCCAUGGAGCACAGCUAGUGAAAGUCCCACGCCGACCAACAGUGUAGCAGAGCGGGUGCAUCCUGUAUGGGAGCACAGCGCGACCGGGCGCGGAGUGUGGCCCGCCAACACUGGAGAGGAGCAUGCGCAACUACUAGGUACCGAAGAAGAAUCAUCAGAUCGUCACUCGUCUGAGGAGGAGGGCGAUGUCGACGGUGGGGAGGACGUGUGGGCGAUCAGUGAAGCGCAGGCGCGUCACUACGCGGCGCAGUUCGCCCAGCUGCGGCCAGAGUGCGGCUUGCUGUCAGGACAGACUGCUAAACUAUUCUUUGAGAAAUCUCGACUGUCCGUGCCUGACCUGCGGAAGAUUUGGCAGCUAUCGGAUAUCACCAAAGACGGGAAGCUGACGUUAGAGGAGUUCAGUAUAGCGAUGCAUCUCAUCGUGUUGAGGAGGAACAACAUGCCUGUGCCGGACGUGUUGCCCGCGUGUCUUGUACCUAAGGUUGACUCCCGGUUCUCCCAGCAAGCAGUGACCACCGACCUUGUGGACCUGGGCUCAGACAUGUUCAGUUCAGGGUCCUCCGCAGACUUCAGUUUCGUGAAUAAGCCAGAGAACGACCCCUACGAGAGCAAACCGAAGAAGCCCGACGAACGGCCGCCGUCCUUAUCGCCCAAACCUGAACCGCAAGUGAACAACAAGGAGUGGACGAAAUUCGUCGACUCACCCACUUCAAGCGUGUCGAGCCCCGGCCCCAAACCGGUCAACUUUGAUUUCCACAAGUCCGCUUUAGAAAGAGAUCCAAAGAUUUUCCAUCCCGUCGCGUUGAGGGUGACUCCUGACGCCAAUUCGUUGCCAACUCACGGCGAAGGCGAUAUGAGGUCGAGCACGUCACCGAGGAGAGACGACUUCGCGCACGCGUUCGAACUCGCUAGCCCUAAGCGACUGAACUCCCAACCACCAGUUGAACCGCCGCCAAACGGGAACCCAGAAAUCAAGUCCAUUCAGCGACCGCAGCCGAAGAAGCCGCUGAAGACAGCCGGAGUGCUACCACCGCCUCCCGCGCGGGAAUCUUCAGUUCACGCCGACGACGGCCCGCAGUCGCUACAGUACGCGCCAAAGAAGGAGCCCCCGCCGCCUCCACCACCGAGGCCGCUACGGAACCACACGAGAUCCAGUUCCUUAGACCUUAACAGGUUCAAAGGUGCCGGUCAACCGCCGCCACAACCCCCGCCAAGGAUGUCUCCUUCGGCUGCUUCACCGCCAACCAGACGCGCCCUCGUGAACCAGCGAAGCGAAGGGGAGCCCGCGUUCCCGCCCGACGCCUUCGCCCCUCGCGAGUACGAGGGCGAGGGCUUCGGCUACAACCGCGAGGACGCUCCAAAAAUGCACGGCGCGUUCGAAGUGUACCGGAAACCGUCGCGAGAGUCCUCCAACGAGGCGGACCCGGACGUGAAGUCGCUGCAGGAACAGAACGCGGUGCUGCACCGCGUGUGCCGCGCUCUGUGCGCCGAGCUGGCCGACGUGCAGCGCGAGCGGGAGGCGCUGCGGGUGCGGCUCGACCAUUCAGCGCCAGUCUAGUCAACGAAGCGCGCUGAUAUAAAUCAAUUUGAAUUUCGAACUACAUGCGGACGAAAUCUUCUAAGCGAACACACCGGGCAAAGGAAUGUUGGAAAACACGUUCGUUGUUUAAAAUGUAGGCGUUUUAAUUGGCCAAUUCAACCAAACUGGACCGACGGAGGCUAGCGAAACCCAUUGGCCUGGUGUGUACACAGCUUUACGCGAGUCGUAUGGGUAUUAUUUUUUGUCGCAAAGGAAGUGAAAAUUUUAUAUUUUUUAAUAUAAACAACAGUGAUAUUGUGGUAUAAUUAUGUUGUUAAGUUGUAUCAAUGCAAUCCGAAAUUUGCACAUAACUUUAUUUUUAUCACCUUCAUUUAACUCGGUUAACUAACAGGAAUUUAACAGAAGUCCAUUGGAUUCAAUCGAUUUCGUUUGCAUGUAUUUUGAGCCCAAGGCUUUGGUCUACUAAUAAAACCUAAGAAAAUUAUUGUUCUUGUCUUUGACGAUGUCUAUAGACACAGGUUUCAAUGUAAAGCUAUUAUUACCCUGUGUCCAAUCCUUUGCAUCGUUUUUCUUUUGUUUUUUAACCGUUUUAACAUCUAAGUCUUAUAAAGCUAAGCGCUAGUUUCUUUAUUGAUGUCAAAAUCUUUUAUAAAAAAUGCAUAUCUAAGAUUUUUGACAAUAUCACAUCUGGCGUCCCUAUCGCACAGUUCAAUGUUACGGCAGCUACCAAAAUUUUCAGAACAAACUUGAUAUACGACUUUUUAAAUAUUAACCUUUCGGUCCCCGCAUAUGAUCUAGUAUCUUUUACAAAAUGUGUCGGCUUGCAUUCUCUAUAAUGUAAGUUUAAAAUACAUUGUUUCUCUUUUUUUUGAUAUUUUUCGAUAAUUUUGAUAAAACUAGACAUUCAUGUUAAAUUGCAGCCCAUAUUCAAAAUUUUAUGAUUCAUCUCGAAUCCUCACGUUAAACUCUUGACGUGAAAGAGCAGUUUUAAUUACACGAGUGACAGAGAUAGAAACAUUUGUCAUUCUACAUUGAAAUUUGGUCAACAGCGAUUACUGAAAUCUUUUCUAAUGAACUGUUUUAAAUAUAUCUCCCCUGUAAAUUUUUAAUCCAAUUUAUGGGUACGUAUACUACUUCCGACUGAAUUUUAAAAAUAGAAGUUUUCAAUCCGUCGCAAGUUUUUUUUAUUUUAUUUGGCAAGCACUGGCUUUUGGCGUGAAUGCAAAUUAUCUAGAUAGGGAAUUUUCCAUAUAUCAAAUAUUUUUUACAUAUUUUUUUUUAAAAUAAGAGGCUAUUCGUGAAAUCUCUACCUUACGGUUUAUAGUAUUUUAAAUCGAUUCAGAAAUGCUUGCAAAACUUAUGCCACAACGUCAUUUAAAUUUUUAUUUGUGCAUAUUGUUUUGUUUUUUUUUAUACACUGUAAUAUCCUAUUUACAGCAGCUUAACCCUUCCAAGAGACAAUAUUAUAUGUUAAUAUGUGAAAUGUAUAAACAUAUUCCGCCAUUUUGUGUUAUAAGUAUGAUGUGUAUUUGAAGGUUGUGCUAACAUUUUUAUUUACGACUUGCAUCGGAAUUUAUUUUAAACAAUAUUAUUAUAACACCGUUUAACACAAAUAAUAUUUAAACUUAGUGUAAAAAUUGGGAUAUAUUUAUUUUUACCAAACAAAGAGUUUUUAUGACAUAAUGCAAAUUUUUAUGGCCUUUUUAGGCAUUUAUUAUUCGAAACGAAAAUUUUGAAAACACUUUAAUAAUCCGUUUGGCGCUUAUAAUUGCUUGAAUAGCAUUCCUUAUGUUUACGUAUGUUGUAAUUUGCUUUAUUAUUGUAUAAAAAAUAUUUAAGAACUACGGAGUACCACCAGAGAAGAGUAUUGUUGAAAUAUGUGAAUGUUGUAUAAAAAGAAUUAGUGUAACGAAUGUAAAAAUGAUGGAGAACUUGGCGGACUUAAAGGCUUUAGUACACCGUGGUUGUUGUACAAAAUCAAUACAUUUACAUUGCAACUUUUAAAGCAGUAAUAUGUUUUUCAAAAUAAUCCUAAUGAUGAUACUGCGUUAUAGAAUUAAAUAGGGCAGCUUUAUUUGUAUUAAACAAUUUUCUUUUAGUUUAACUGCAAUAAUUUAGAGACAGACUUUAAUACUGUUGUUAUAGGAAGGAUUGUUGUAGGAAGACUUACGAAUUUAUUCUAAGAUAUCUAACUAAUACAAACUUUGUGUGUAUGCUUGGGGUGCAUACUGCUACAUACGUUGUUAAUUAUUAUCAGCCACGUCUAUUUAAUAUCUAUCCUCUUAUAUUAAUUACAAAGCCUGUUACACAAGAAAUGGGUAGUCAUACAUACAAUGUACUUUCCAAUAGUCAGUCUUCUCACCAUCUAAAUAUGUUGUUUACAUAUUUUGUAGAUGUUACAGGUAGUUACUUGAAACUUUCCUAGCUUAAACGAGUUGUAACGGCAACCGACCCUGCAUAUCUAUGUUUUAAUGAACUACCGCGUACUAAAGCCUCAAUAAACGCCGGUUCGAACUGUAAAGUAAGUAAUUAGACGCCGUGCCUCGCACUGCAAGCUAGAUGUUGUUAAAACCAUGCUGAAUUGAGUGAAACACAAUGUAUUAUAUAAGAUUGUUGUAAAAGUAUUUAUCUAUUAUUUAGUCGUAUUUUAAGGAUAUCAUAUUCCCAUGGAGCAGACGUUUCAUCAGUGUAAAUAUUUUAUUUGUCCUUUUGACCACAUCCUCAAACUACUUUUAAAUUUACCCUCUUAUAAAUUUUGGUCCAAUUUUGUACUAUUGUAUUCGCCCGUUCUCACUUAUCGUUUCGUAAAAUUUAUACAGUACUGCUUAAAUAUUAUUGUAGUAAAUUAUGUACAAUAAAUUUAUUUCAAAAUUAA